AUGAAAUAAAAAAAAAAUCAGAUAGUUAUAAAUUUGUUAAAGUUACCCAACAAUUCAUACUAGGUUAUCGAUUAAGAACAAGAAGAUACAAAACCUAGUCAGCAGCAAACAUCCUCAUCAAAGAAAGGUGGAAAAAGUCAAGUAUCAAAGUAGUAGUCUUAGUAACCUCCUCUUUCUCCUGAAUCUAGCAAUCCAAUUAUUCCUUAAAAUCCUCCUCCAACAAAUCUUUCUCUAUCAGCUUAAUAAACUCCUUAAACAAGCUAAAAUCAAUCUGUAUAAUAAAAUUCUUAAUAAGCUAAUUCUUAAAUUGCUAAUCAGUAAUCAUAACCAUAAAAUUCCAUGCAAGGAGGAUCUAAUUUACAAGCUCCUUAAGCUUAAGUUAAUUAAUAGGUACAGUAAGCAUAGCCUCCUGUUCAAUAACCAGUUGCACCUUAGGUAUAAUAGCCACCUAAAGCAAAUCCAACAUUUAUUCCUACUGCAGCUCCUCCUAGUUUAAUUAUCAGAGGUGAAGAAAAUUCAAAGGAUAUUUUCCCUUAUACUUCUUUUGCACAAGAAAAGUAUCAUUAAAGCAUGGGAAACGGUGGUUAAAAUAUGGGAGAAAAUAAGUCGGAAAAAUCAUAGAAAAAGUAUUAAGUUGUGCUUCCUUCUUGCUCUCACUGGUUUGAAAUGGAAAAGAUUCAUCAAAUUGAAAAGGAGAGUCUUCCUGAAUUUUUCUAAGGAAAACCUUCUAAAACUCCUGAAAUAUACAAGAGAUACAGAAACUUUAUCGUCGCCUUGUAUAGAGAAAAUCCUAGAGUUUACUUGACUGCUACUGCAUGCAGACGUAACUUAGCUGGUGAUGUAUGUGCUAUCCUUAGAGUGCAUGCCUUUUUAGAACAUUGGGGUAUAAUUAACUUCAACUGUGAUCCUAAACUCACUCCUUAAUCUAUUCUUCUCUCUAAGCCAACUCUUGCUAAUCAAUCUAUCUACAAAUUCACAAACUAAUCAAAGAAGAUAGACUUACUAGAUUAAGACAGGGAUCUGUUUUAGGAAGGAGGUGAAGGAGAUUUAGUAUUUAAUUCUAUUAAAUUACUAUCAAAAAAUCAAAGACCCAUUUGUGAUUUUUGCGGAGUUAUUUGUGGUUUAGUGUGGUUCUAAUAAAAGUAAGUUUAAGAAAACUAACCUUGUAUGGUUCUUUGCAUAAAAUGUUACACCGAAGGAAACUAUCCCAGUUUUUUGAGUGAUAGAGACUUUGAGAAAUCAGAUUUAAUAAAUAAACUUUCUAGCAAUGAUUCUAAGCAAAAUCUCUCUUAGAGACCUUGGACUCCAUAAGAAACUCAUAAACUUCUUGAAAAAAUCGAAGAAUAUAAGGAGAAUUGGGAUGAAAUCGUAAAGUCUCUUGAUGGCCGUACAAGAGAAGAAAUCAUCCUUCACUUCCUUAGACUUCCUCUUAAGAAUAUCUCAUAAGUACGCUUAUUUGAAAACGAAGAUGACAAUAAUAUUGGUAGAUAACCUUAUGAAGAAAUAGCAGAUGAUGAACCAACUGUUUUUUCUGAUUUUUCAAAUCCUCUAAUUUAGCAUAUAGCAAUCUUUAAAAGCUUAUUAGAUAAGCACAAAUAAAAAAAACAAAGUAUUAAGGCUUCUGCUAAAUCAAGUUAACCUUAAAAAAUUGAAUAAAAAGAAGAAAAUGUAGAAGGAGGUACAAAUAGUUAGAUAAAAGAAGAGGAUGAGAUAUAGGAAGAAUAAAAAUAAUAAAAUUAAAGUAAAGAAGGAUAAGAUAUGGAAGUAGAAAUUGCAGAAUAAGCUCCUUCAUAAUCAGCUGUGAACGGCGUUGCUAAGGGCGAAACUGUAAUUUAAGAAGAAGUAGAAGAAUAAGUUCAAGUUUAGGACAGUUUAAAAAAAAAAGAAGAUAAGAGGUUGGGAUUAAUUGAAGAAGUUAGCAAUUCAAACGCUGAUGAUCUGUUAGAGAUUGAAAAUAUCACAAAAGAGAGAGCUAAAAAGCUACAAGAAAGAGAAGAAAGCAAAAUUAAAAAACUUGUUCAAAGUUUGAUUUAUUGUUAAUUGAGUAAAUUAGAGAGCAAAUUAAAUUACUUAGAAGAGUAUGAAAAGCUAAUUUGGUAUGAACGUAACUAACUAGAAGUCACACAAAGUAAUCACAUUGCAGAAACAGUUAGUCUUGCUUAUCGCAGAAAUGAAUUCAAUAAAGAAUUCACAAGAACAUAUCAAGAAUAACACAGAAGAUAAAUGAAUUAGUAGUAGCAACCUGGAAUGCCACCAGUACCAUUUUAAAAUCAAGGAUAAUAAGUACCUCCUAUUGCACCAAUUACUGGAACAUCUCCAUCUAAUUAGGCAUAACAAUAAUAAUAUCCUUAAUAAAAUGUUCCCAAUAGCUAACCGGUAAAUGCAAGUGGCUAUUAAUAGUAAUAUCCUUAAAACUAAGGUGGCUCCUAAUAAAAUAUUCCUUAUGCCCCUAAUCAAGCUUAUCAUAAGCCUCCAGCAUAAUAGUAUGGUGCUCCAGGCUAUCAGUAACAGCCUCCAAUUCAAAAUCCACCAAUCUAGCCUAUUUAAUAAUAACAAUAAGCACAAAUACCUAAUACUCAAUAAAAUUAUUAACAUUAUCCCUAAGGUAUAUAAAACUAGGGAGGAUACUAUGGUAAUCCUUAAAGAGGUUUAAGUUAAGAAUCAACACCAACAAACAGUAAUCCUAUGCUUCACUAAAAUCCAUAGUAAGUGCUUUAAACUGCUCCAGUAAACUAAGCUCCAAGCUCCCAAAGCAUAAUUGGUGGUCCUACUGGAUAACACAAUUUAAGCAGUUAACCAUAAAUCCCAGUCUAAGCACCUCCUGUACCAUAAGGGCAAUAUGAUAGUAGCUAAGGAAUGAAUAUAGAAGAAUAAAACUAUUUUAGUUAAAAUGAUUAAUAAGAACCAAUUAAUAAUUUAGGAGAUUAUCCCUAAUAAACAGAGCCAAUUGCUGAAUACACAUAAGCUGAUUAAGGUUACUAGCAAGAUUAUUCCCAAUAAAUGUAUGAUUAAACUGAAAAAAUUGAUUAGUGA